AUGCUGAUCGCUGGGUCAAUUCUCCUCCUCGUAUGCCCCACUAGCGCUUAUAAUUCCACCCGCUCAACCUCUUUGCAUCAGACGGCGGUUGGCGUACCCCUCGAUGGUAUUCUCGUCGCUAAUUCAACGUUCUUAGCUCAGAGUCUACCGAGAUUUCGCGAGACAACGAAUAAGAAGGUCGAAGAGCGAGCUAAUGGUGGUUUGUUCGGCAAGAUGUCUGAUUCAAUUAAGUCCCUGGUAAAAGGACGUGUCCCAGCAGAGUAUAAAACUUACGUGGAGAGUUUGAAACAGUAUGAAGACCUCGAAUCCGUUUUAAUGAGUUCCGAUAUGAAAAAAUUAAACGACUUUUGCAGAGAGUACAAUGGAAAUGAAAGAAACCCCAAGAUACUUUCGUCGGUCAAAGAAACUUUGAUGAGGUUCGACGACAAAGAAACAUAUCAAAAGCUACGCGAAGUGGCACUGAGAAAAGAUGGUAAUCAGCGUUUGAUGUCGCAUUUGGCAUUGGAUCAUAUAAUCAAUUUGGUGAAAAUAAAAAAAAAAUCACCUAUCGAGUUUUUUGAAUUUCUGGAAUUCGGCGGCGAUCUUGCCGAAGCAGUACGUAAUGGAAAAUUUGGAGAGUUGUAUUUUUACAUUGAAGUGUACAAUCGUUUCAACAAAAAACCUCUCCGCAAUUACCAUGACUUGUUGAAGAUUUUGACGGCUCAUUUCGAUGGAGAAGGCAACUUAGUGCACCAGUUUAACGAGUUGAACGAGUUGAACGAGUUGACACAUCACCGGGCAUAUGAACACAUUAUCUGGAAUUUAAAGUGGACCUUAUUUAGCGAGUGGAAAAAAUUGCCACUUGAUUUAGUGUGGAGCCGACUUCAAUUUGGCCCCAACGCAUAUGACGCAUUGACGAGUGGAAAAUUGGAAAUGUUUUAUGAGUUCAUUGCAAAAUUUCAUCCAAAUCGUAAAUACCUGGCAAUUGGGAAGUUUAUGUCGACAUACAAAGAAGUCGAUGUGACAGAAGCGCUAGAAAAUGCGAGGAUGCAGCCGCUCUCGAAAGACUUUGCGUCGAAGAUGCACCACGAGCGACUCGAUUAUUGGGACGCGAAUGAGUAUACGCUUAAGGAAUUUUUUGGCCUGUUAAACUUUAACAAUGUCGACAGCGCCAACAGUGCUCUUUUUAAAUUAGAGAAUUUGAGCAACUUCAUCUGGUCAAGCUUUGACAAGUCUAAAAUGAAAGCUCGUCUGCAAGAUCUCGCAAAGCAGGUCUCAGUUGCUUUAAAAGAUAACAACCGGCUAGCGUUCAACUCACCCGCCGCUGAUCUAGAUGGUGUGCUGUACAAACUAUGGACUGGCGAUCGAAUUUCACCAGAGAAAUUGUUCAGUAAACUCUCCAUCGAAAAUGCUCAUAUUGACACAGACGGGAACGUUCAUUUACGUGCCAACGAGGUGGACUUUGACGACGAUUUUUCAGCCAUUCCCUUCAAUAUUCCCAGACGCUCUUAG